GGCAUCAGAUUGAAGUGAUCUUGGUAGCAUAUUCAAUGAUCAAUUUCAUCAAUGAUGAUGAUCAAGCUCCAGAUCCAUUUCUCAAGGAUAGCUUAGGUAAUUUUACAACUGUGGCUAAUCCAGAGUAUUUCCAAUGGAAGAGUCAUGAGCAACCCUUGUUCACCUUUCUUAAUUCAACUCUUUCUCUGCAGUCUUGGCUCUUACUGUGGGUCAGAAGUCUGGAAGAGGUGUCUGGAAGGUGCUUGAGAAAAGGUUUGCAUCAGUAUCACGAUCUUAUGUGCUCAAUUUGAGGGAUGAGCUAAUGAGUAUCAAGAAGGGUCUAGAGUCAAUGAAUUCUUUCUUUCAAAGAAUCAAGGAGGUUAGAGAUAAACUUGGGGCUGUAGCAGUCUGUGUUGAUGAGGAAAAGCUAAUCCAUCUAGCUCUUGAAGCUCUGCCUCCAGAGUAUGAUGCAUUCUGUUCUGCGAUCAGAACCAGAAAUGAUGUUCUUACUAUUGAAGAGUUGAAUACACUCUUAAAUGCUAAAAAGAAGUCAAUCAAGAAAAGGUCUAAUCAUUCGGUUCUUAGAGAUUCUGCAUCAUUUGCUAUGGCAGCCAAUCAAUUCAAUCAAAACUUUGCAAAAGGAAGAGGCAAGGUUGGGAAUAUUAGAGGUCGUGGCAAUGGAAGAGGUGGUGGAAAUCAAUUUUCUGGUGGUGGUCAAUUCUAUCACAAUCAGUUUCAAUUUCCUGGUAGUGGAAGUGGUCAGUUUUAGAACACUAAUAAUCCAAUGGAACCUCAAUUCUUUCCACAAAACAAGCCUUCUUUUCCUUAAGGACAAAAAGUUGCUUGUCAGAUUUGUGGCAAGAAUGGCCAUUCUACUUUGGACUGUUAUCACAGAAUGAAUUUUGC